GGCAUUUCAAAAGCCAUUGGUUGUUUGACAAAAACAACAAUAUAUAAAGGAAACAACAAAACACAAAAACAAGGAGAAUACAGAGGACGAAGAACAACCGGUCGCAUUGCCUUGGUUUGUAACCUUAAGGCAGAGAGAAACCUCUGCCUUAAGUGCUGUCAUUGUCUCAAGCAAGGUAAAUCAAACCAUGGCAUUUCAGGAUUUUGACCAUAUAUCAGAACGACGGAAAAAUGAGAGGAAGCAAAAGGUGAAAAAGAGGAUAAUCAUUGCGUUAGUUUCUACUGUUGCCGUUGUCCUCCUGAUUGCUGCUGCAAUUUGCGGUGUGAUGUAUAGCAACCAUCACUCGGAUCAUUCCAACAAUGGCAGUUCUUCUCCACAAGCUAAACCAGAAAAAGAGAUAUCACAAUCCCAAAAGGCGGUUAAAAUGAUAUGUGCACCCACAGAUUACAAGCAAACAUGCGAAACCAGCCUCUCAAAGGCUGUAAGUUCCAACUCCUCUACUGCGGCACCAGAACCCAAAGAUCUCCUUAAGGCUGCCAUCUCAGUGGUUGCCGAUGAGAUCAAGAUUGCCAUCAAUCACACCUCCUCCUUCAAAUUUGACACCCCUGAACUCAAAGGGGCUUUCGAAGAUUGCAUGCUACUCCUAGAAGACGCCAUGGAAGAAUUGAAUAGCUCCAUUUCAAAUGUGGCCGGACAAAGUUUGGGAAAACUCAACUCAAACACCCCUGACUUGAAUAAUUGGCUGAGCGCCGUGAUGUCUUACCAACAGACGUGCAUUGAUGGAUUCCCAGAAGGGGAAUUGAAAUCCUCUCUGGAGAAAGCCUUAAAGAAUGCAAGGGAACUCACCAGCAAUGCUCUUGCUAUUAUCAACCAGGUCUCUUCUGUAUUUUCCAAAUUUAUGCAGGCACCACCUGCCACCAACCGACACCUUCUCUCCUAUGAUCACCCUUCCUUGGGCAAGGAUGGGCUUCCAACAUGGAUGACACAUGAGGAUCGAAGAAUGCUAAAAGCACAACCUGCCAAACUCACCCCCAACGUGAUUGUGGCAAAAGAUGGUAGCGAAAAGUUUACUUCCAUUUCUGCUGCACUAGCAGCAAUCCCCCCAAAUUACCAAGGACGGUACAUUAUAUACGUAAAAGAAGGGAUUUACGAGGAGUACGUUACAGUGACCCAAAAGAUGGUUAAUAUUACUAUGUAUGGUGAUGGGUCACAAAAGACUAUUAUCACGGGAAACAAAAACUUCGUUGAUGGAACUCGAACAUUCCAAACUGCAACUUUUGCGGCUUUAGGAGAUGGUUUUAUGGCCCAAUCAAUGGGAUUUAGAAAUACAGCUGGUCCAGAAAAGCAUCAAGCGGUGGCCCUCAGAGUCCAAGCAGAUCGUUCAAUAUUCCUCAACUGCCGUAUGGAAGGGUACCAAGACACCUUAUACGCUCAAACCCACCGACAAUUCUAUCGUAGUUGUCUCAUCACUGGAACUAUCGACUUCAUCUUCGGUGAUUCGGCUGCCAUCUUUCAAAACUGUGUGAUGUACGUCAGGAGGCCAUUGGAUAACCAACAAACCAUUGUCACUGCCCAAGGACGAACCGAUAGGCAUGAGACCACAGGAAUAGUUAUACAAAACUGCCGUAUUUUGGCAGAUGCCUCGCUUGAGCCUGACAAGACAAAGAUUAAAAGUUAUCUAGGAAGGCCAUGGAAGGAAUUCUCAAGAACCAUAAUAAUGCAAUCAGAGAUUGGUGAUCUUAUUCAUCCUGAUGGAUGGCUACCAUGGGACAAGGACUUUGGCCUCAAGACAUUGUAUUAUGCAGAGUUCAACAAUAAAGGUCCUGGAGCCAGUGUUGCCGCAAGAGUAAAGUGGCCUGGUUUAAAAGUUAUUAACAAGGAUGAGGCGACCCAAUAUACAGUAGGUCCUUUCAUACAAGGUGAUUCUUGGGUAAAUGCUGCCGGUGUUCCUGUUCAUUUUGGACUAUUUUAACGUUGACUUCUCAUUUAUCAUUAGUUGAUCAUAAUAGUUUCGCAACGUGAAGAGGGCCCAACACCUUUCACCAGCAGAGUACAGCAAAUGAUUUCACUUGGUUGGAACGGCAUACACUAUUUCAGUGGUUGAUUGUUUGUGGUUGCCCUAUGGUUUUGAGAACAAGAGAAGUAAUAAAAAGGUGGGAAAAUACAAAUUUUGUUCGGUA